AUUCUCGACAAAGAAAGUUUGCGUACGAAUCGAGAAAUAAUUGAAUUGGUGCUAUCGUUCACAGCAGAUGGCAGCGGUGACGAACAUUCGGAUUCCAAAGUAUCGUCGAAUAAACUCUCAAAAUCAGAAUCGAUCGAGAUUCUAAUCGACAAAAGUAUGGAUUACUGGAACCAGGCGCAGUCAAGCCUGACCGAUCCAAAUUUGCUGAUAUCUCGUCAAAUUCUGUCGAUUGCCCCUCCAAAAUCAUCGAAGGCCCUUGCGGAUCAACUUCGACAGUUGGAUGCGCUUGAGAUUUAUGGAUCCGGAUCAGAUUUUGAGUGA